AAUGGCUUUAUUAUAUUCCUGCAUCUUAUGGUUUAUGGUCGGACGAAUCCAUUCCACACACGCAUAUGCAGGACAGGGUUUCUCAGCCUUUUUUCAUGGUAUGGACCCUCACCAUUAACCCAGAUUCCAGGCUGGGAACCCCUGAUGCAGGGGCAUGUUCUACCAACAGAUUUUUUUGAGGGAUAUUAGGAAUUUAAACCAAAAUAUUUCUUAAAGUUCAUAUGCAGAUUCCUGUAAACAACAUGUUUUAAGGUAAUACUGUUUGCACAGAAGAUUCUUCUUGUUCGUAAAGUUUUGCUCUUACUACAUCUGCAAUAAUCAAACUCCGCCUCCGUUGAGCGAGAAGUGAAAUCUGGUUGACAUGGAGACUUAUCACAUGAUAAGGAAUCAUAUGAUAUAUGCUGUAAAACGACUGUCAGCGCAGUUACAGUGUAGAUGCCAACAUAAAGAAUUGUCCGUAGUGUGACAAGGAGACAUUUCGUUCACGAGCGAAACUGACAUCAGGCAAGCGGGACGCCAGCUUUUACAGAAUAUGAAGUUCCCCGGACAAAGUCUUCUUAUCGUCUUUUCAGUCGAUUGGAGACAUUUUAGUGCGGUGGAGCUGAGGUAAGGCAAAGAUGAGGAUUUUGACCCCCCGCCCACCCCAGAUCACCCCAAACCCCAACCUGGUCUGGUCCUCGGUCAGAUCAGCACACUGACAGUUGCUCUUUCACUUCCAUCCGGUCCUACCCUGUUCACUUCGACUGGUGUCGAUGUCCGUAUCACCAGUGCUCCGGAGGGAAGUAGCAUCGCAACUCAGUCUCCUGUGACCACCGUUUCCUCACCUUCGAACUGCACGGGCUUGAACACCUCCAGCUGUGUCAUGUGUUCUCCUGGUCACUUUCCCAAUAAUGCAAUCUUAAACUGCUCCUGCUGCCCAGGUGGAUCCUGUCUUGCUCCAGAGAAUUGUCUGAUGUGCCCUCAAGGUUACUACCAGCCUCAAGCUGGACAUGACGCAUGCCUGCCUUGCUCAAAAGGUACCUACACAAAUUCUACAGGGAGCACGGAAUGUCAAUCCUGUGAACCUGGACUCUAUGCCAAUGAAACUGGUUCAAAAAUCUGCCGAGACUGCCUCCCAGGUUACUUCUCUGAGAUGAAUGCAAGUGUCUGCCAGUCUUGCGCUCGAGGGUUGUUUUGCAACACAACUCGCUGCACUGAGUGCACGAUGUGCCCAGGUGGGAAGGAAACCCUGUCAACAGCAGCUACCGAAUGUACAGGCUGCCAACCAGGAAUGUACAAGCCUCCAAAUGAGCUGCUCUGUAGAAUGUGUCAAGAUGGAUAUUACCAGAUAAAGAUGGGUCAGGAGAGCUGUAACCUGUGUCCUGAACAGCACUAUUGCCCGAGUCCUGAUGUGAUUCCAGUUCUCUGCCCAAAAAAUGCAUUUUGUCCACCUGGAAGCAUUGCCCCACAGUACUGCAUGGAAACGUUCUUCUUCAAGUCGGGAGAUCACUGUGUGCUCACACCACUGACCAUAAUCCUGCUUGUGAUCUUUGCUAUCUUCAUUUUGCUGGUGAUUAUUGUACUAAUUGUACGUCGCAGAAAGGAAGUCAGACGAAGGGACCCAGUCCGAUCUCCAUUACUGAGCAAUGAGCCUAUCCCUGGCCAAGAUGCUCGGCUGUCUUAUGGGAGCUCCUGGGAUUCAGAACCAGUGUAUGCAGGAUGGUAACAUUCCUUUCCAUACUAAGGAUUUGGGGUCCUGGGCCUGUAAAACACUUUGCGCAAUUCUAAGCAACAAAAAAAAAUUGUACAUUUGAAUGCCACCUGUAUCAUCUCGCUUGGAAGCCAAUUUGUGAAACCACACUUGCCCAUUUCAGGGUUGUGGUGAAUUGUAGAUCACAACCAGCCUUUUAUCUAUCAGGCCUUGUUUUCUCCUAGAGAGAGAAUGGAAUUUAUUGGUGUGGAGGUGUGAUCAAAUGGUCUAGUUUGUUGUAUCCUUUUUGAGAUGAUGCUACUUUGACAAAUUGAUGAAAUGCAUCUGGUUUUGUUUGUCCUGGAAAUUUGCUUUUAACCAGAAAUUCUUUCUUUGCAUCACUGGAUUGCCUCAAAUUCACUCAGUCACCAUUGCAUUUACUCAAGGAAUUGCACUUGCACUAAACAAGCUGAGAUACAAAGAUCAAGAUGGACAGUAUUGAGGAUUAACUUUUGCACUUUUUAUGUAUUGUAUUGCCUUUUUGGCAGUAGAAUUACUUUCAUUUAUGAAAUAAUCUGAUGAUUGCACCUUAACCACACUUUAUAAGUCUGGCCUUUUGAAAGAUGCUAUUUUAUUUUGGAGAGUGUGUUGGAAACAGCUCAUUAUCUUUGUGUGCCACCAUGCAACCUAAGGCAGUGAAGUCUGGAAAUUUCAUCUCUUAUUACCGAGUACAGAGUUAACUGUCUAAAUUUGCUGUUUUUUUAAAAAAUGUCCUUGUGAUUGUUUUGUGUAUGAAUAUUGUUUUGGAGUGUUUAGAUGUAGGUACUUUUGCAGUAAGACAGGCCAAUAUUGAGCAGAAAAUUUGUGAAUUUACCUUCUGCAAAGUUAAUUUAAAAUGCCAUCACUUACCUGCACUUAGAAACGUCCAAGGUACCUUGUUUCAGCUGCUGUGGUUCCCAACUGGUUUGUUGAUCUGGGUGUAGAAAGGUUAGAAUGGACCAAAAAUAAAUUGGCACCUGUUGUUAUUUGGAGAGCUUUGUUAAUAAACAAAGCAUUAAGUAGAAUUCGAUUGAACAACUAGAGGCAACUACUUUAAAAUUAUCUCCUAAUUGAAUUAAUGUUCAUGGAAUAAAUUUGUAUUUUUGCUGGGUAAAAUUUAAGUUUAAGCAUUUUAAUACACAACAUUCAACCAUCAUACCCUGAACACCUGGAUUGUCACUUUAAAAUUUGUAUGUGUAAUGUUAUUCUCCAUAAGUCAUUGCAUUCUACACAUGGGCAAUGUUAGUCUAAGACACUAUAUUCUUACAGAUAUAGAUAUAUUUUAUGUAGAGAUAUGACUUCUGGAUUAUUUUUAACAGUAUGAAAUAGUACAUGGAAAGCAAACAUGAUAUUUUGGGGGAACAUUUGUAUAUUUAAAAACACAACCAAACCUUCAGCAUCCUAAAUGACCUCACUUACUGCUUAAAGAAAAAAUAGCAUUGAAAUAAAGUGGUAUGCUGAACUGUGAUUAUUUUUUAAACGUUGGACUCUUUUUUUUCUAAGGUGUUCUUUAGUAUUCUGUGAUAAAAUGUGGUUGUUUUGAACUGUAAUAACUUUUUAAAAUAAAUAAAACAAAUUAAC